AUUCCAAGAGCAGCAGCGAGUACGCGCAGCGCGCGUCUGAACGCUUAUGAGAAGCAGCACUGAUUAAGCAGAAAAAACAGAAAGGAGUUUCAGCGAGCGACUCCCACGAGAAAAGAAACGCCGCACUGUUGGCAAAUUUCAAUGGGAAAAAGACUGUAGUCAUUUUUUUCAUCAAAAUGGCACAGCGGCACGUAUGUUUGGACACGGGAAAGUUGCAAAGGACAAUUUGAGAGAGACAGUUCUGGGAUAUUAGUGGACUCGGGCUGCGCUGGAUUUGAUCUGUCCUUAAAGGAGAAGCGCAGCACACUGGAUUUUUAUACUGAACUCAGAGAGUUGUAAUGUCUUGAAGCAGUACCCGGCCCUUUUGAAGGAUGUACAGUGAGUGCUGAUGGAAACUGCUGCUCCAAUAUGAGUGUUCAUGAUGUUGGCGGGAGACGACGCUUUGAGGACUCCGAGUUCACCCUACGCAUCUACCCAGGGGUCAUCGCCGAGGGCACCAUCUACUGCCCCGUCACCGCCCGUAAGAUCACUUCCGCUGCGGAGGUCAUCGAGCAGGUCAUUGAUCGUCUGCAGCUAGAUCGAACAAAAUGCUACGUCCUUGCAGAAGUGAAGGAGUUCGGUGGGGAAGAAUGGAUCCUCAACCCCACCGACUGUCCCGUCCAGCGCAUGAUGCUAUGGCCUCGCAUGGCCUUGGAAAACCGCUUCAGCAGCGAGGACUACCGCUUCCUGCUGCGGGAGAAGAACCUCGAUGGCUCCAUCCACUACGGCAACUUGCAGAUGUGGCUGCAGGUCACAGAAGAGCGGCGGCGCAUGAUGGAGCGGGGCUUCCUGCCGCAGCCCUUGCCGAAAGACUUCGAUGACCUUUGUAACCUGCCGAAUCUCAACGAGAAGACUCUGCUGGACAACUUGCGCAGUCGCUUCAAGCAGGAGAAGAUCUACACCUAUGUGGGCAGCAUCCUCAUAGUCAUCAACCCUUUCAAGUUCCUCCCUAUCUAUAACCCCAAAUAUGUCAAGAUGUACGAUAAUCACCAGCUAGGCAAGCUGGAGCCACACAUUUAUGCGGUAGCGGACGUGGCCUACCAUGCUAUGCUGCAGAGUAAGCAGAAUCAAUGCAUUGUUAUUUCUGGGGAGAGUGGAUCAGGCAAGACUCAAAGCACCAACUUCUUGAUCCACCAUCUCACGGCUCUAAGUCAGAAAGGCUUUGCUAGUGGAGUUGAGCAGAUCAUUCUGGGUGCCGGACCAGUCCUGGAGGCUUUUGGAAACGCUAAAACAGCCCACAAUAACAAUUCUAGCCGUUUUGGGAAGUUCAUCCAGGUGAACUAUCAGGAAAGUGGCACUGUUAGAGGGGCAUAUGUGGAGAAAUACCUGCUGGAGAAGUCCCGGCUCGUCUAUCAGGAGCACAAUGAAAGGAAUUACCAUGUGUUUUACUACCUGCUGGCAGGAGCGAGUGAAGAGGAGAGGACCGCGUUCCACCUCAAAAAGCCUGAAGAAUACCAUUACCUCAAUCAGAUGACAAAGAAACCUCACAGGCUGCACUGGGAUAGUUACUAUGAGAACGAACCGCAGGAUUGCUUCACAGUUGAAGGGGAGGAUCUUAAGCACGACUUUGAGCGCUUGCAGCUGGCUAUGGAGAUGGUGGGCUUCCUUCCCGCCACGCGUAAACAGAUUUUCUCUCUGCUGUCAGCUAUUCUUCAUUUAGGGAAUAUCCGAUACAAGAAGAAGAUAUACCGGGAUGACUCCAUUGACAUCUGCAAUCCUGAAGUUCUGCCUGUAGUAUCAGAGCUGCUUGAGGUCAAGGAGGAAAUGCUCUUCGAGGCCCUGACAACGCGGAAAACAGUCACAGUGGGCGAGAAGCUGAUAGUCCCAUACAAACUGGCUGAGGCUGGGACGGUACGGGACUCCAUGGCCAAGUCCCUCUACAGUGCCCUUUUUGACUGGAUCGUGUUUCGGAUCAAUCACGCGCUGCUCAACCAAAGAGACCUGGAAGAGUCAGCCAAGAUCCUGUCCAUUGGGGUUCUCGAUAUCUUUGGCUUUGAAGACUACGAGAACAACAGCUUCGAACAAUUCUGCAUCAACUUUGCCAACGAGAGACUUCAGCACUAUUUCAACCAGCACAUUUUUAAGCUGGAACAGGAAGAGUAUAGAUCAGAAGGCAUUACUUGGCAUAACAUUGAUUACAUAGAUAACACCGGUUGCAUUAACCUCAUCAGCAAGAAGCCCACAGCACUGCUCCACCUACUGGAUGAAGAAUGCAACUUUCCACAGGCCACCAAUCAGACCCUCCUGGACAAGUUCAAGCGGCAGCAUGAGGGAAACAGCUAUAUUGAGUUUCCUGCAGUCAUGGAGCCAGCCUUCAUCAUUAAACACUAUGCAGGGAAAGUCAAAUAUGGAGUGAAGGACUUCAGAGAGAAGAAUACGGACCACAUGCGGCCGGACAUCGUCGCGCUUCUCAAGAGCAGUAAGAGCGCAUUCAUCGGUGGUCUGAUCGGUAUUGACCCUGUGGCCACCUUCCGCUGGGCUGUACUCAGGGCCUAUUUCAGAGCCAUGGUAGCCUUCAGGGAUGCCGGGAAGAGACAUGUGGAGAAACGCAGCGGGCAUGACGCUGCUGCUCCAGUUGUGAAAAGUGUGGAUAGCUUUAGUUUUCUGCAUCACCCUGUGCAUCAGAGAAGCUUAGAGAUCCUGCAGAGGUGCAAAGAGGAGAAAUACAUCCAGCAUGCAUGCUUCUCGGACAGCCCACCACUGUCCCCUCACUGGAGCCCCUGUUCUGAGCACUCACGCCCCAGCACGACCUCUCCAGCUCAGAGUAUGCACUCGUUUUUCUUGCCCUCCGAGGACAGCGGGCUCACAAUAGGUCUGCUUGAUGGAGGUGUGAACAGGAGGAAUCCUCGUACUCCACUAUCUGAUCUGCAGGGUAGCAACACACUCAAUCAACGAGAGGGAUGGAAUGGGCGUGCUGGGAGACAAAACCGUCUGUCCUCUGCUGGAUCCUUCAAUGAAGAGGACGGCAUCUUUGUCAACUCCACCAGCAGUAAACUCCUGGAGCGAGCCCAUGGCAUCCUUAUGAGAAAUAAAAACUAUAAAAUGAAGCCCAGUCUUCCUAAGCACUUGCUAGAUGUCAAGUCUCUGAAGUACCUGAGUAACCUGACGUUACACGACCGCAUCACAAAGUCCCUGCUGCACCUCCACAAGAAAAAGAAACCCCCCAGUAUCAGUGCCCAGUUCCAGGCCUCUCUUAACAAACUGAUGGAGACGCUUGGUCAGUCAGAGCCGUACUUUGUGAAGUGCAUACGAUCAAAUGCAGAGAAGCUUCCUUUGCGUUUCAAUGAUCCCCUGGUGCUGAGACAACUUCGCUACACAGGCAUGCUGGAAACCGUGCGAAUCCGACAAUCUGGUUACAGUACCAAGUACACUUUUCAGGACUUUGUUCAACACUUCCAUGUGCUGUUACCAGAGGGUACCAACCAGGCCAGCCAGGAAGCUAUCAGGCGGUACUUGCACCAGGUGGAUCUCACUCCCGAAGGAUUCCAAGUGGGCCGUACGAUGGUGUUCCUCCGUGAAACAGAGCGUCAGCGGCUGCAAGACCUGCUCCAUCAGGAGGUGGUGCGCAGAAUCAUUAAUCUUCAGCGACGUUUCAGAGCUCUUCUAGAGAGAAGGAACUUCCUCAGAAUGAGACAGGCUGCUUGCCAGAUACAGAACUGGUGGAGGAGCUGUCAGUCUUCACAGAGGGACAGCAGGCUUGAGUAUGUCCAGCAGGGGGCAGCGGUUUGUAUCCAGUCAGCUUGGAGAGGCUUUAAAGUGAGGCGUAGACUCUUGCUGUGGAGAGAAGCAGCUGUGGUGAUCCAGAGAAAUUGGAGGCAGUAUUGGCAGGGGCGGGCGGCCCUCCGGAUCCAGACUGCAUGGAGAAGACACAGGGCCAGAGAGCUCUACAUCCAGCAGCGGGAUAUUGCCAUCCGCCUGCAAACAGCGGGUAGAGGCUAUCUGGCAAGGCAGAGAUUUAGAGAACUUCAAGAGCAGAGAUUAAAAACCACUCAGCUGCCAAAUGGAAAGACCAGUCUGUUACCAGAAGAGGGCAAGCUAAGAGACAUGGGUUUGGAUCAAAGCAUAUGGGAAGACUCCAGGAGCAAACAGACUGUCAUCGGUGCAAUAGUGGCACCUGAAAGAGAUAUUUUGGAAGAGAUGGCACCAGAGAUGACAGAGGGUACGGCAACAGUACAACCGACAUCUGAAGUGGCAAUCCGAGAAAGGCCGCAGACUCUAGAGGACCCCAACCAGAGGACCCGGGCCAAACGGGAGAGCCGGCGGAUGCGAGAAUUGGAGCAAGCCAAAUUCAGCUUGGAGCUUCUUAAGGUGCGCUCCACAGGAGGAGUGUCUCCUUCGGAAGAAAGGCGCUGGUCAACGGAGCUGGUCAGCGAGAUUGCUCACACUCCUCAGGGUACUCCAGACAGCCAGAGCUCCAAAGGCAGCUUUGAGCUACUCAAUAUAGACGACUAUUUCAAAGACAAGGCACCUUGUGCCGAACCGGAGGACCUUGGUUCUCCUUCUGUACCUGACAAGCACGAUGUGUUCAAUAUUCCAGAGUCCGCUUUGCCCUCUGACACUCCAGCACCUGAUAUAUUGUCAAAACCAGCUAGCCAGCCUGAACCUCCCAAAAUGCAGAACUCGCUCCCAACUUUCUACAUCCCUCCGUCAGAAAGCAGCUCUCUAAUUGUGAAGCCUACCAUGAAUUCUGCCGCCCCAUGCCCUGAUGGCCCCAGCAAACCUAUGACAGACAGGAAGGAGUCCCCUCGGAGGCCUAUGGUUGUGGUUAUUAGUAUGCAAAAGGAAAACCUUAUAAAUGAAGCAGACGUGAAGCCUCCAGAGGUCAAAGACAGUGCCGCCCAGACCAGCGAGCCACCAAGCCCAGCACAGCCUAGCAGUGACAGCCUUUAUGUUCUGGAAAGGCUAAAGAAGCUUAAUGAGGAAAAGGAAGAGCGUCAGAAACAUCAGCAUCAGCAAAAUGAAAAAGAGAUGAUGGAGCAGAUCCGUCAGCAAACGCACAUCCUGAAAAAUGAACGUAAGAGUUUCGCCCAACAUGAGAGGGAGAUGUUUGAGAAGCAGAGGGUGGAAGCUCUGCAAAGGAUCGAGCAGGGUAGGCAAGAAGGUUCAGGAGGAAAGCCAGAUAGAUUUUUCACAGACAAAGGCCCUGCUCCUAUAGCUCAGCCAGAGCCUGACUUCAGCUCCCACCCACUGGUCCCGGAAAAGGAACCCGCACCUUCCAUUUUCAGAGACCAGCCAAAGGACAGCCGCAGUGUAGCAGAAGGGUGGGCACCAACGUUGACUCUGGAAUCCAGAGGGGAUGAAGCCAGAAGGAGAAUAAAUACAAAGCCGUCCACUCAGAACGUCAACAUAAACAUGUCAGAGAGGCCUGGAAACAUGUUCUUUUCUCCAAAGGCCAAGGUUUCAAAGUUGGAUAAGGACAUAGCCAAUCAAGGAAAAACCCCAGUAGUCCAGAAUGAAGUGAGCCUGUUUGGUCAGAAAUCUGCUAAGACUGAGGUUGGCCGACCGGGUCAUAAAAAAGCCCGAAUGGCACGGACGCGUUCAGACUUCCUGACCCGUGGUUCGAACGCCAUGGGAGAGGGGGAGUCAGAGGAGGAGGAGGAGUAUGAUGAGACCCCUCUGUCUCCUGGCACACCCCUCCCCAAGCAGGACUCUGAGGAGAGCGCACUAGAGGCUUGUCACAGUGACUCCGAAAUGCCGGCCACAGCUAACGAAGAUCAGAAGAACAUGUAUAAAACCAUGACAUCUGGAGAGCUGGGCAAGAGUGAUGCAAGGAAGAACUCUCAUGGAGAUGGAAGGGUUCGCGGUAAAAUGCGAUUUUGGGGAAAGGCAAAGCAUGGAGAGAAGAAAACCUCGCGAGAGCGGCUGCUGUGUGGCAGUGAUACUUUGGAAGGAGACUUUGCUGAAACAGCACUUCUAAUGGAAGAGGAACGCCUGUCCCCUCCUCAAAGCCCAGACCUAACUUUACAGAGGGAGUUUAAAGAGAAUAAAGACCCGUCCCCUAAAGUGAAACGCAGACGAAGUGUGAAGAUCAGCAGUGCGACUCUAGAGCCCGUCCAGUGGCAGAACGAUGCCCUGCAGAUACUCACAUGUGCCAGUGACUACAGAAGCAUGAAUGACUUCCUUAUGAAGAAGAUUACAGAUUUAGACACAGAAGAUGGUAAGAAAGACACAAUGGUGGAUGUUGUCUUCAAAAAGGCACUGAAGGAGUUCCGCUUGAAUAUCUUCAACUCAUACUCAACAGCUUUAGCUAUGGAUGAUGGGAAGAGCAUUCGUUAUAAGGAUCUCUACGCCCUCUUUGAGCAAAUCCUGGAGAAAAACAUGCGUCAGGAGCAGAGAGACUGGAGCGAGUCACCGGUGAAAGUUUGGGUCAACACCUUCAAAGUCUUCCUGGAUGAGUUCAUGACAGAGCACAAACCUCUGGACGGCAGUAUGGGCAGGGUACCCAAACCCGACCGGAAGAAAAGAAGGAAAAAGGAUACUGAUAUAGUGGAGGAGCACAACGGCCACAUAUUCAAGUCAACUCAAUACAGUAUUCCCACCUACUGCGAGUACUGCUCCUCCCUCAUCUGGAUGAUGGACAAGGCGUGUGUCUGCAAACUGUGCCGCUAUGCGUGUCACAGAAAGUGCUGUCAGAAGACGACCACCAAAUGCAGCAAGAAGUAUGACCCUGAACUUUCAUCAAGGCAGUUUGGUGUGGAAUUGUCCCGUCUGACCAACGAUGAGCGAGCGGUGCCUUUAGUAGUCGAGAAACUUAUUAAUUACAUUGAGAUGCAUGGCCUGUACACAGAAGGGAUCUACAGGAAGUCUGGAUCCACCAAUAAGAUUAAGGAGCUGAAGCAGGGUCUGGACACAGAUGUAAACGGCGUGAAUCUGGAUGACUAUAAUAUUAAUGUCAUUGCCAGCGUUUUCAAGCAGUGGUUACGUGACUUGCCUAAUCCUCUGAUGACCUUUGAACUGUAUGAUGAAUUUCUGCGGGCCAUGGGUAAGCAGACAAAAAAAGAAGUGAUUCGAGGGGUUUACUCUGUAAUCGACCAACUCAGCAGAACUCAUCUGAACACGCUGGAGCGCCUCAUUUUCCAUUUAGUCAGGAUUGCCCUGCAGGAGGACACAAACCGUAUGUCUGCAAAUGCACUGGCUAUCGUAUUUGCCCCCUGUAUCCUGCGGUGCCCUGACACUACCGACCCUCUGCGGAGCGUUCAGGACAUUGGGAAAACCACAGCGUGUGUCGAGCUGAUCAUUUGUGAGCAGAUGAAUAAAUAUAAGGCCAGACUGAAGGACAUCAGCACUCUGGAAUUUGCAGAGAACAAAGCCAAGAGCCGACUAACAUUUAUCCGCAGGUCCAUGAAACCCGUAAUAAUUGCUGUUAGAUUUAUGAGCAUAACACGCAGUGCUGCGGCGGGUAAGGGCCACAACCUGCACAAGGUGAGGUAUCACACACCAUCUCCUCCAGUGAGUCCUCGGUCUCCAACCGCACCAGAGGUAAUGCAGGAGAGCGGAGAUGAGGAAGCUGGCAGAGAUCCAGAAGUCUCUGAGCAACAACAAGUCGCCAUGCAGCAGGAAGAGAAAGUCCUGACCGAACAAAUUGAAAGUCUCAUAAAAGAAAAGGAGGAGUUGACGUUUGAGAUGCUUGCUCUGGAACCACGGGCGUCCGAUGAUGAGACUCUAGAGUCAGAGGCCUCUAUUGGCACAGCAGACAGCUCUGAAAACCUGAAUGUGGACUCUGAGGGAGCCACUUCGGACUUCUCUGAGCGAGGCCCAGCGCUGGCCGCCUUGAGGCCCAAGAAGUCUGAAGGGAAGAGCAGGCGGGUUCUCCGAAAGCAGCCUGAAUCCCUGGACUCCAUGGAUUCCAGUUCAACAGUGUCCUCUGUGUCAUCUUCCUAUAUGCAACCACCUCCACGAACCCAUAAAUUACAUUUGCGACCCAAAUCCCCUUCGACCCGACUAUCCAGCCCGCCUGACAGCCUGGACCAGCCCGAACAGGAUGAAGAGGAGAGACCGCAGUACACCAGCCGCGGCACCUUCAACCCCGAAAAAGGCAAACAGCGGUUGCAGGGUGCCAAGAACUCACCUCAGAGGCACCGCGACCCUCCGAUGGGCGGAGGCCCAAAGAGAGAUCCAGACUUGCCGCCCCAGCAGGUUGUGGUGUACGGCAGCAACGAGUUCAUGGUAUGAAGACCACAAGGUUACACGUCCAUCCACGGAUACAAGCUCAUCCCUCCCUGCUAGCUCACUUGAGUUCACGUUUGCUGCAUUAUAGUCCUUAAGUGCCAUGUUGACAGGAAGCGCAGGAGGAGAGAGCUGGGCGGCUUUCCGACCUGCAUGUGAGAAAACGGCUCUGAAUGUGUGGUGAAGGAAAGCAGGGCAAAGGGAAUGCUGAACCGUUCCGAUAAGGAAUGUUCUCCCUUGGGCUGUGAUCGGUCCAAAGGCGGGAGACGAAGCCAUUGAUGAACUCCACGAAAUCAAGCUAAACCAUGGGCUGCUUUAACGUUUACAGCAUUCUCUAUGAUGUAUUUGCCCUCAAGCCUAUUUAAUAAAUUUUAUUUACAUGGAAUAUAUAAAUCUAUAUAAAUAUAUUAUGUGAUAUAAAGUGUACAAAGCCAGAGAACCAGCGACUGCUGGGUUGUUGAAUUCAUAUAUUAUAUCGUGUAUCGGUCAUGAAUGAGUUGGAGAGAGAAGUGAGGACAUUGGGUUUUUGUGGAUGCGUGAGGCUCCUCCGUAUGUAUGUGAGUGUGUAUCUUAUGAGAAACCUCUGGAUAUGUUUGUGCUGCUUUUUUGUGUUGUGCUUGGAGGGAAAAGAUGCCAUUAAAGGGACCAAGCAAACUGGUGUUAUAAUGCCAGAGGAUCCCACACUAAACGAAGACUCGAAAGUCUUGCGAA